AUGGAGACGGGCGGGCGCGGCGCGGCUGUCAGCGGCGGGCGCGCGGCCGCGGGGGGCCGCCGGAGGAAGGCGCGGGCCGCGGCCGGGACCCUCGCGGCAGACAUGGACUUGCAUUGUGAUCGCGCCGCCGAGCCGCCGGCCGCCGAGCCGCCGUCGGGCAAGAUUAACAGAGCCGCCUUCAAACUGUUCAAGAAGAGGAAGCCGGGCGGCGCGAUGCCCAGCAUCUUCGGGGUCAAAAACAAAGGGGACGGGAAGGGCGCGGGGCCCGCGGGGCUGGUGCGCAGCCGGACGCACGACGGGCUGGCCGAGGCGCUGGUGCUGGAGGGCGGCCGCCGCGAGGAGCCGCGCGCGGGCGGCGGGGACGGGGCGCGGCCGGGCCCCGCGGCCCCCCGGGCGGCCCCGGGCGGCGCGGGCCCGGCGGCCGGCGGCUCGGUGGCCAAGCCGGCCUGCGCCCCGGGAGAGGGCGCCGCGGGACCCGGGCGCGCCGAGCGGCCCCGCGCGCCCCCCGAGCCCGAGCCCGAGCCGCGCGCCGGGGAGGGCCGGCCGGCCGAGGACGCCGCGGGGCCCGGGGCCGCGCCGGCCGAGACUGCGCCCCGGGCCGACUCCGAAGGCGGCCGCGCGCCCGCCGCCCCCGACCCUUCUUCGGUCGAUCCGCCCUCCGACCCAUCGGCCGAUCGUAUUUGUCUGAUGUUCUCUGACGUGACUUCACUGAAAAGCUUUGACUCUCUUACAGGCUGCGGAGAUAUUAUCGCAGACCCCGAGGACGAGGCAGGGCCCAGCUGUGCCAGGCAUGCCCCCGCGCCGGGCCAGCCGGGCCCCGCCCCAAAGCCCCCCGGCGUGGUGGCCUACCAGGGAGGCGGGGAGGAGAUGGCGAGCCCGGCCGAGGCGGACGACUCGUACCUGCAGGAGUUCUGGGACAUGCUCUCCCAGACCGAGGACCAGGGCCCGGGGCCCCAGCAGGGGGCGGCCCCGGCGGCGGCGGCGGCGGCGGCGCCCGAAGCGCAGGUGGCCCCCGAGACCCCCAAGGACGCCAGGCGGGCCGAGGGGGCCAAGGACGCGUCCUCGGUCAAGCGCCGGAGGCUGCACCGCCUCCCCACGGAGCUCCAGCCGAAGGAGGAGCCCAAGCACGCGGACGAGGAGCCGCAGGAAGGCGUCCCCAACAGCGACGAGGGCUACUGGGACUCCCCCACCCCCGGGCCGAGGGAGGACGGCUCGGGCGGCGGCGUGGGGAAGGCGGGCCUCCCCCGGGACGGCGACAGCGGUGACGCGCUCUACGACCUGUACGCCGAGCCCGAUGGAAGCCCCGCGGCCCUGCCCGCCGCCGCCGCCGCCGCCGAGGACACGUCCUGCGCGUCCCGGUUAAAGCCCGUGUCUCCGGUCGCCGUCACCUGCGCCCUGCGGACGCCGGGGAGCUUUUUGCCGAAGGACUCCAAGAUCCCCGUCAGCAUCAAGCACCUCGCGAACCUUCCACCCAGCCACCCGGCGGCGCCCCAGCCACCGGCCAGGAGCGAGCUGCCCAGAACCAAAAUCCCGGUGUCCAAGGCGCUGGUCCGCCGGGUCAGCAGCCGGGGCCUGGCCGGGACCACCCUCCGGGCCGCGGCGUGCCACGACAGUGCCAAAAAGUUGUGA